CGUGCAGUGCUGUAAGGCCCAGCUUUGUAUGCGUACUGCGCUGCAGCUGCGAAGACACCAAUUGUGCAGAACCUGUUGCAAAGAUGGAAGACGAGCUGAGGCCAGCAGAGAUUGCGGCGAUAUUACUCAAGUGCGUUCCUCUUGGAAUCCUCGUCUUGUUCGGCGCAGCGCAAACGGCACGCAACAACUACCCUCCUGUUCCGAAUGGGCCGUACUGGACGUUGCUGGAUGUCACGCAAAUGGUGCUGCUCUUCAUUUCUACUGGUCUCUCAGUCACCAAAGGUAGUUUUGCAUUGGGAAAUGUAAAGCGCAAUCAGUUCGUAACUAUUUUCGCCCUCCGAGAUGCGGUGUCCGACUACGCUAUGGCACUGUCACUGAUUCUUCUCGCCUGGAUUGUGUGGAAGCGACAGCAGCGAUGUCUCCCACGAUCCGCAUUCACAGCAGCGUUGUUAGGACUGCUGUCCACUGGUUGUGCACUAGACGCUUUUUUGGAGUUCACCACUGCAGCCCAUCUUCAGGAUAUUAUACUGUCCGCAAAUUAUCUGCAAAAGAAAUCAGUGAUCGUAAUUUUCGUCACAGUAGCUGCGGUGUCUGGGAAUUUUCUAUUCUCGGAGGUACAAGAUCUGGUCAUGAAGAGGCCAAAACACACACGGAAAUCAGUAGACCAGGCAACGGUAUCAGUACUUGGGCACCAAGUCUCCACAGUCUUGAUCAGGAUUUUCAAGGAUAUGUCAGAGAAAGGAACAGCAGCAAUGAAGGAGUUUCCGAGGCUGCGAAGAGGGUUGGCUUGCGAACUGUUUGUGAAGGCACUUGGAUCGAAACUGAGUUUGAGAAAAAUGGCCACUGGAAAACGGCAUGCAUUUUACAUCGCCCUCCUCAAGGUGCUGUGGGUGGAUGCUCUUCGAGUAGUAUUGGCAAUCAUGGGCUACUAUGCCUGCGUAUUCGCAAGGAUCCCAGCUUUGGAACUACUGAUAGAUAGUUGCACCAGCGUCGGCAUGGUCAGCGCGAUACUUCUCUUUAUGGCAACCACUACCUGUGAAAUGCUGAUGACGUGCUACCAGAUGGAUAUCUUGAACGUGUUGGGCUGCCGUGCACGCACUAUUCUCAUAGGCUUCAUAUUCAAGAAGGUAACGUCAAUGUCGGCUCUCACCAGAGCACGCUAUACGGCAGGUCGCAUCACUUCGAUGCUGACCGUGGACUGUUGGUUGGCGUCCAACUGCGUUUAUGUUGUUCCCAUGCCAAUGUUCGGAGCCUUGUCGCUUCCCAUUGUCUUCUGGAUGCUCGCAACACGCACUGGCGUCGGCCCUUCACUCUGCUGCGCCGCAUGGGUCGUUAUCGUCCUGUGCCUGCCCGUUUUGUUCUCCUUCGUCCAGAAAAGGUUAUGGGCAAAAGUGACAAGUGCCCGCGAAGAACGCCUGAAAGUCACUACAGACUUGCUGGCCAUGAUCCGCAUCGUCAAGAUGUAUGCCUGGGAAGACGCCCUCCAGGAGAACGUGUUGCGCUUCAGGGAAACCGAGCUCCGGUGGCUUUUCCGCGUGAACCUCUUGGAUGCUAUCUUGGAUUGCCUCUACUCGUCCACAAGCUCUGUGCUUAUGAUCAUUUUAUUCUCGACGCUGCGCGUACUAGAACCAGACAUCAUCUUUACGCCAGCAUUGGCGUUCUCCUGUGUGUCACUAUUGUAUAUGACAGACCUCAGCAUGAACAACUGUGGACACGCUCUGAGGAAUAUCAGUCAGGGGUCUCUGGCACUCAAGAGAAUCGCCGAUUUUUGUACUGCUGAAGAACAGGAGAACUCGCAUAGCGGUUGCGAAACAUCCGCGUCCGCGAGAAAAGGUGCUGUUAAAAUAGAGAGAUGCUCCUUUUCCUGGGCCCUUCCUGACACUGGUGUAUCGGAAGCGCAACUUGAAGACAUCGACCUGGAGGUAGAGCCCGGUUCCUUGGUUGGGAUCGUCGGAUUUGUAGGUAGCGGCAAAUCCUCGUUGCUCGCUGCCAUACUGGGUGACAUGCACGUCAUUGCAGGCAAAGUCGCCACCACGGGUCGUAUAGCUUUUGCUCCACAGUUGCCCGCUGUUCACAAUAUGACCGUCAGGGACAAUAUUCUCUACGGGAAGCCGAUGGACCCAAGCUUCUACCACCAUGUUAUUCAAAGCUGCCAACUCAUAAAUGAUAUCAACAUGUUAGCGACUGGGGACAUGACCGAAGUUGGCGAAAAGGGAAGCAACCUCAGUGGUGGCCAAAAGCAACGCAUUUCCAUUGCAAGAGCAGUGUACAGCCAGAGUGAUGUUUACCUACUAGACGACCCACUUAGCGCUUUGGACCCCAUCGUGGCCAGCCGUGUCUUCAGAUACGUUAUAGGGGGAAAAGGCCUGCUCAGGCAUAAGUGCCCCAACACUCGCACUUUUGCAUCCCAUGAGCGCUUCUUCAGGCGCACCACGUCCCCUUGA